AUGACCGAACUCCGACGAUGGCACUUGACGGGCAUAUCGCCUUUGCCUCGUCUACGGCUAGUCCCCGAAGGCUUCUGGGAUAAUUACACGGGAACCGAUUUGAGGCUUCUGCUUCACGUCACUCGUAUCUCCCUCGAUUUUGAAAGUCGUGGUAUUAGUAACUGCAGUGUCUGGCUGCAGAAGAUGCCCUUCUUUCUUACGAUGGCGCUCGAGAACCCAUUUGUGAUGAGCUCACUCCUGGCAUUUUCUGCUAGCUACAUAGCUUGGAUUACCCGAAACCACCAAACGAGGAAUUUAAUGCUCCUGUACAGAGGAUUUGCCCUAAACGGGCUACGAAGAUCUCUUUACAAACUUUCUGAAAGCAUCUCCGAGGCAGUUCUGGCUGCAUCUAUCCUCCUUUUAUGGCAGGCAAACGAGUGGCAGGAAUGGGUUUUGCUCCAGCGAGGAAUCACCACGGUUUUCAAUACCAUGACACCGGGUGCCAAGUAUCGAUCCGAACUGGCCCAGUUUUUGGAUGACCAGAACGACAUGAAGGAUGAUUCUUCUUCGGAGCUCUUCUGCGGCUGCGGUCCUGCAGCCCUGGACACUGUCACCGCCAAUUUGCUCGACAUGCAGAAUUCAUUCGUCCAACAACUCCAUGGUUCGUACAUUAGUCAAUUAUUGCAGUUCAUCCAGAAGCUACAAUCUGGUGGUCCUUUUGUCAAUGCUGAAGAGGCAUUCGAUAGAUUGCGUCCGCUAAAUACAUGGCUGCUUUGGCUGCCGCCGGCUCUCUUGGCCGAACGAGAAGAAGAAGCAAGUGCCUUUCUUAUACUCUCGCACUAUUACGCAGUCGCGAUCGCCAUUACAUCAACCUUGCAUUUUUCAGACCUGCGAAACUCAUAUCUAGGAAGCCUCUCUUUUUCUCCGUUUGCAUUCGUUCGACAAAGCUUUCACCUUAAAAGUAUUACGCCCAAAUUCUGCGAUCGUGCCCACCCGUUGAUCAGGCAAUACGAGGUCCAGGGUACAACAGGCCCUAUACUUGGAACACGGGGCACCAGACCCUUACUCCUUGCUGCUUGCGAUGAUACUUCAAAAGAGUCCCUGCUCUUGUUGGCGGAUGAGAGAUUGGCACCAAAUCUGGCGCUCAGCGCGCUGAACACCCAGAUUCGAGAAGCGUUUAAUUCCUUCGUCACGACGGUGUUUCCAGGAAUUUACUUUGGGCACAGUGCGCGUGUCGAAGUCAAUUUGAUGGACUGGCUGCGCUGCACCCAUGUUGAUAACCCCCCAUCGCCACUUUCUUGGGCGAUAAGAUCUCUCAGCACUUAUUAUUUAGGGAAGAAGUAUAAAGACUCGGAGCAGUUGAUCUGGAGUCGAUAUAUGUACAAUCGGGGCUUGAAUCGGUUGGCUUGCGCGCUCCAUAGCCCCACCUCCGCCAUGUCGGAUGAGACUCUCGCUGCAGCGAUUCUAUUGGGGGUUUAUGAGAUGAUGGAUGGGACCGCUGAAUGCUCCUGGCUAUCUCACUCUCGCGGUAUAGCUCACCUUAUCCGAUCGCGAGGGCCGAGCCCACAUCGGAACGGGAUUGGCCGCACGCUUCUGAUCUCGUUCCGGUCCUUUCUGGUUCUUGAUGCAUUUCUCCGUGGAGAGUCAUGUUUCCUUGAGAGCAGUGAAUGGCAAUCAGCGAUCAAGGACACAGUCAGUGCAGAUGAAAGGAAUGGGAAGAAGAGUGUACUUGGAGCUAUCGUCGACAAUGCCUUCAGCGAGGUGACAAGAUGCCCAGGGUUGUUUAUUCGCACGCAAAACAUGAUUGCUCAGAAGCAUGUGUCGAAGUCCUCGAGAAAAGGAUUGAUUGACGAGAUCCACAAAACUCGAAAGACACUGGCUGACUUCCGUAAACAAAUGACCGUCAACCUGGUUAAUGUCAGCGAGCACCAAACAAUCCAAGAGCGAAUGGCAUUCUUCGGGUCUAUCCCGACUACUAUUGCCUGUGUCUUUGCACAGCAUUCACUACAUGGGAUACGAUCUGCUCUUGCUCUGCUCGAUAAGUUAUACACUGUCCUCGAACCACAUGCAAGUCCACACGUGUCGCCUCCGUCUUGGGCUGUGGACAGCUCUUUGAAGCCCUCAUGGAAACUCGAGAAUGUUCCUGCCUCGUCGAAGGGUCACACCCCUCAUGGUUCCUCUGAGAUCAUUAUCCCCUCUACGUGUCAGGGUGAAAAGCCCGGUGACUGGCUUGAUAGGAUCCAAUUGGCAAUGGGGAUGCUUACGUUGGAGCCUUUGUGA